AGAUCGGAUACUUUUCCUUCCAGUUUGUUACGUUACCUACGCAAUGUGCAGUCACUCUCGCUUCUCAAUCUUCUCUCGUUUCUCGUGAACUGUUUCGCCGCUGCUUGUUUCUCUCGCCAUCUUCACCAAAGAGUCGUUCCUUUUGGGUUACUGUUCCUCUCUCUCACCCUACGUCCUUCUUUGACGCAGUAUCCCCCGUGUCUGUAUAAUCGAAACAUUUCUUUGCGAAAGGCAGCGGAUUAACUAGCCGGUCUCUUCGGAAACAUCAUUUCCAUCAGAACGGUGACAUUCCAACCCGCGCAAAGUCUGUAGACGUCACCAUGGUCCUCGUCAAGCCCGCCCUCAUCGCCUCCGUGGCCGUCACGGCGGUUUCCGCCUUCACAUCGCCCAAGACGCUCGAUGUAAAUAACGCAGACUCCGUCAAGGCCAUCGCCGGCAGCCUGGCUUUCGGCGCCAUGUCUUACUACAACGGAAACGUCUCCAGUGAUCCCAAGAUGGUCGGCGACCUCCCAGAACCAUACUACUGGUGGCAAGCCGGCGCCCUCUGGGGCAUAAUGAUGGACUACUUCCACUACACAGGCGACGCAACCUACAACGCAGUCCUAACCCAAGCCCUCACCGCAAAAGUCAACACGGGACCCAACUACGACUUCAUGCCGCCCGAGCACGAACUCGAAGAAGGAAACGACGACCUCGGCUUCUGGGGCUUCGCAGUCAUGUCCGCCGCCGAACGCAACUUUCCCGAACCAGACGCCUCGACGGGGGCGCCCGAAUGGCUCCAAAUGGGGCGCAACAUCUUCAACUCCCUCGCGGGCCGCUGGAACAUGACGCACUGCGGCGGUGGGCUCCUCUGGCAAAUCUACGAGUCCAACCCCAACGGUCUCAACUACAAAAACAGCGUCAGCAACGGCGGCUUCUUCCAGCUCGGCGCGCGCCUCGCCGCCGCGACAAACGACUCACGCUACGCCGACUGGGCCUCGUACGUGUGGGACUGGUCCGCCGCCGUGGGCUUCCUCGACGCGGACCUCAAAGUCUACGACGGCGCCGACUCGCGCGACAACUGCACAAAGACAAACUAUCUCUCGUUUACCUACUCCACGGGCAUCUACCUCUACGGCGCGGCCGUCAUGGCAAACCACACAGGCGAUGUCCUCUGGGCGGACCGCGCGACAAAGAUGCUCGCCACCGCCCGCAAGAGCUUCUUCUCGCUCGCCGAAAACAGCACAAACAUCAUGUACGAGCCCGCGUGCGAGACGGUCGGCACGUGCAACACCGACAUGAAGACGUUCAAGGGCUACCUCUCGCGCUUCCUGUGGCAGUCCGCCGUCGUCAUGCCGGCGCUUCUGCCCGAGGUAAAAGAGAUCCUGAUCCCGAGCGCGCUCGCGGCGGCCAAAGUGUGCGAGGCCUCGGCGGGCAACGUGACGUGCGGGCAAAAGUGGUACGUCGACGGCGACGACGGCAGCUACGGUCUCGGGCAGACCAUGAGCGCGCUCGAAAUCAUCCAGGGGCUUGUCGUUAGCCAGUAGGUUUUCUUUGUGCGGGCAACCUCGGUCGAAGUCCCUUUCUGCGUCCUUCUGCGUCCUGCGUCC